GGAGGCGGCUGAUGUGUGUGUGCAGCUGUGAGUGUGUGGGGAGGAGAGGAGAGCGAAGACGCAACAGCCGAGCAAAGAGACGGCCGCCAGCACCUAGACAGCCCUGAGACUGCAGUAAUCUGGAAUGCUGGUCACAGGUAACUUCCGAAUUGAUGGGCACCAGACGUACUUGGUGAUUACGAGGAUGAAAUGGUUGGGUUUUUAUCUCGGAUAAGAAGAAGCCAUGACAGAUGAAAGAAAUUAACACCUCAAGAUGUGAGAAGUCACAUAUACUGUAGAGUAUGAGAAGCGCUGGCCACGUCACCAUCGAAAAUGUCUCCUAUGAUCAAGGGCAAGACGUUGGCAAGCAAUUACUUGACAACAUGCCCAGUGGUGGAAGAUCGAACAGUCAAAGACAAGUGUUGAGCAAUGGCACCAACCCAAAAAUUCAUAAGAACCUCCAAACAUUACCCACGGACCUAGGCAAUGGAAGUGGGCUCAACUUUACCAACACCUCCCAUGGAAAUAAUUCAGCUGGUGGAAUGACACCAAAAACCACCACCAAUGGAUUACCCAAGACCCAAUGUAUGGGUCGAACUCAAAAUGGCAAUUUCAAGGGGGCGUCCAGGAGGCCUAGAGACCUUCCUAUGGUGGACAGUCUUGGCAUCUGGGUUUUCACUGUUCCAGCUGUUGUUGCAGGUCUAUGCUUUGCCCGGUCUUUGUUGGGGGAGUUUGUCCAUGAUGAUGUAUGGGCAAUACUCAAUAACCCUGACAGCAGGGGAGAGACGAACCUGAGCACCAUCUUUAAGAAUGACUUUUGGGGCAAGGCCAUGGAUGACAACACAAGCCAUAAGUCCUACCGACCUUUGUGUGUACUAAGCUUCAGAGUAAAUGUGUACUGGACCGGCCUGGAGCCUUUAUAUUUCCAUGCAGUGAAUGUGGUGUUACACUCUAUAGUGAGCGCUCUGCUGGGGUAUAUCUGCAGCACCAUCGUGUUCGAGGACAGAAAGCAAGCAGUGGCCUCUGCCCUGCUCUUUGCUGUACACCCUGUUCACACAGAGGCCGUGGCGGGUAUUGUUGGGAGAGCAGACGUCAUGUCAUGUUUACUUUUCUUAUUGGCAUUCCUCUGUUAUAUAAGGAGUGUGGAGGUGAAUCCUCCCCUGGAUUGUUUCCCUGGUACUACUUCUCCCCUCCUCCUGCUGCUCAGUUUGUUGCUGGGGACCUGCGCCAUGCUGGUGAAGGAAACGGGUAUCACAGUGUUUGGGGUCUGUGUGGUGUAUGAUCUCCAGAUCUUGUGUCUGAGGAGGUUUCUAAGGGACUCAUCUUCUGAACACUCCAGGAACAUGUGGGAUGUGGCUGCUCCCUUCUUGAAGAGAGCACUGCUGAUUUCCUGCUAUGUGAUUGUGGUGUUAGGUUUCCGUGUCUAUAUCAUGGGAGGGUCGAUGCCAUUGUUCUCAGAGCAGGACAACCCAGCCUCCUUCUCUCCUUACAUACUCAGCAGAUUCCUGACCUUCUCCUACCUCCUUGCGUUCAAUGCCUGGCUGCUGCUUGGCCCUAUCACUCUGUGCUAUGAUUGGCAGGUGGGCAGCAUCCCCCUCGUGCACUCUAUUUGGGACAUACGCAAUGUAUCAACUCUCCUGUUGUUAGCCGUACUCCUCUCCCUCGGACUGAAGUGUUUGACUGGGAGCAAGAGGGCGGGCCAUCGGGAAGUCGUGGUGGGCCUUCUCUUCUUGGUCUUCCCCUUCAUACCAGCCAGCAAUCUUUUCUUUAGGGUUGGUUUUGUGGUAGCUGAACGCGUUCUCUACAUGCCCAGCAUGGGUUUCUGUAUACUUUGUGUCCACGGAUUGAGAAGACUGUCCUCCCGGGUUGGUCCUAGAGGAUCGUCUGCCAUAACGUUCUGUUUCCUUCUCCUCCUCGUCCUCUUCUCCUGUAAGUCGGUGUCGCAGACUGAGUGCUGGCGCUCCCGGGAGUCACUGUUCAGAUCUGGAGUUGAGACGCUACCGCACAACGCCAAAGUACAUUACAACUACGCCAAUUUUCUUAAGGACCAGAAUAGAAAGGAGGAAGCGAUAAACCACUACCAAACCGUCCUAAGGUUAUACCCACAGCACCCCAGCGCUCUUAACAAUCUUGGCACACUGACCACAAACGUUACAGCGGCUGAGGAAUAUUACAGGACGGCGCUGGAAAUCAGCCCUCAGCACAGCCGGGCACUGUUCAACCUGGGAAAUUUGCUGCGGACUCAGGGCAGGAAUGGAGACGCUGAGGUCGUUUUAAGGGAGUCUCUUCUUCAUGGUCCAUACUUUGCUGAUGCCUAUUCCAGUCUGGGAUCAUUGCUGGCUGACCAGAAGCGGCAUCAUGAAGCCGAGGGGGUUUACCUGGCUGGAAUCAAGAACUGCCCUGAAAGUUCUGACCUGCAGAACAAUUAUGGGGUUUUUCUAGUGGAUGUGGGAGCUCCACAGAAGGCUGUCUCUCAUUACCUUCUUGCACUUCGGCUGCGCCCCAGUCAUCACGUAGCUAUGCUUAAUCUUGGUCGCCUGUAUCGUUCCCUCAGUCAAAAUUCAGAAGCAGAGAAGUGGUACAAGAAGGCCGUGCAGAUAUCCCGAGAUAUUGAUGUCAUCUCUCCUCUUGGAGCACUGUAUUACAACACAGGACAAUAUGACGAAGCCUUGCGUCUGUAUAAGGAGGCGACGGCGCUACACCCACAUAGUGUCCAGAUACGCCUGUCACUGGCACAGGUCCAGGCUGUGAUGGGGCUGACACAAGAGGCCAAGGAUCUUGCUUAUCUCAUAGCUGAUGAAGUUCCUGAUUGUAUUGAAUGUUUCCGGCUGCUGUCAGCGAUCUACAGCAAACAAGAAGACCACUCCAAGGCUCUGGACAUGAUUGACAUUGCUCUGAAGAUGAAACCAAAAGAUCCUAAACUAACAUCGGAGCUUCACUUCACCAAAGGGAAUCAGCUACGGGAGAUAAACCAGCUGGACGAGGCCUUCCAGAGUUACAGUCUUGUGGCUGAUCUGAGUCCCAAACAAGCCCAGGCCUGGAUGAAUAUGGGAGGCAUCAAGCACAUUCAGGGGGAUUAUAUGGCCGCCCGAACCUAUUAUAAGAAGGCUGCCAAGCUGGACCCCGACAGCAAAUUACUGAAAGAAAACCUUUCUAAACUUCAGCGCUUGGAAAGUAAAUUAGAAAGAAUUAAAGGGAGAGAUGCAGGAGUUCCAGCAAUGGACUCGCAGGAUGGGAACACUGGACCCGAAAAAGCUUCUAGUGGACUUCACGAAAAAGAGAAUAAAAAUGCUGAAAACUCCAUCAAAGGAAUGGGAAAUUCUGCAGCUGAAUCACCAAAGAUAUAAGAUUCAGAAGACAGGUACGAAAGAAGAGAUCUACAUGAUGCUUGGGAGAGAAGAAGGAUGUCCAUAGGAAAGCCAAAUCCUGAUGGAGAUGCCACAUCUGCAGAUGAUGUCAGGUCUGGAUGAGAUGCAAGGUCUUAAGACUUGAUGCAGAACACCCCAGCAAGACCCACUGACCCUACAACAUCCUUAGGUCAAAAGACACAACUGAAUCUAGGGUUCUGCCUCAGGGAUCAUAGGGUUUGAGAGAAGUGGUGGAGAUGCACAUUGUGGAGAUGUCAUGAACCGCUCUCCUAUUGAAGGGGAAUGUGGUAUCCACCAGAAUGUUGUUAUAGUUUGAUAAGGUUGGCUGUAGAUCAUCAGUCACGCUAUGGCAGUUAUCAGUCAUACUAUGGAUGUUGCCUAUCAUCCAGUGGCCAUUGUCAAUCAUUCUUAGGCAGUUGCCAGACAUCUUAUGACAGACGUUAUUCAUUCUAUCACUGACCAUACUUAUCUGAGUGUGAAUGCUUAUUCAGAUGGGGAGAGGAAUGCCUCUGGUAGCAGCUGACAAUCAAGCUGGUUGAAUUUCAACAUAACACAUCUAUCUUUCCCCGAGUCAUACUAAAGGGGCCUUUAUACUUCCCAAAUAUCGGGCGGAUCAAUGCUAACAAGCGUUUAUAUGAACGCUCAUUAGUGAUAAUCUGCCAGUGUAACCGUGCCGCUGAUUACUCAAUGAACGAGCGAAACAUUAGUUCAUCGGGUAAUAGGAUCUCUCAUGCAGUCACCUAAAUCAUCGAUUACUGGUAGUAGAUUGUGCCGGCAAACAAUGAUUCUGUAUGGGGGCAAGCGAUGGCAUUAGUGACGCUCCUCCCCAUACUGUGGAGGAGAUCACUACAUGUAAUAGCAGAGGUCUCCUCCACAAACGAGCAGCCGAUUGUCAGGAAGAAACGCUUCUUUCCCAACAAUCAUCUGCUCAAUUGAGAACUGUAAAGGGGUCUUUAGGCAAUGGUCCCUCAUGUUAUGACAGAUUCAGAGAAUUGUCAAUCAUCUUAUGAUGGUUGUAAAUGAUCAGACAGCUUCUCUCACAAAUUCACAGACUUUGACCAGAGUAGCUGCAACGUGUAUUAUGGGGCAGAGUUAAUUUCAUCCAUAGUUGCUUUACUUUUCCAUAGCGUUUUCUUAAUUCUCAGCAUAUAAACUGACAGUACUUUGUACUAUAUACACACAGAAAAUUAGACAAUAUACACAGUAGCCAAUCUGGACAAGUAGAACUGUAGUAUAAAGUACAGGGGAGAGACAAGGUGACAGCCUAAAUCACAUAAGAAAUGAGGCAGGAGUUGGAUUUGUGACUCCAGUAGACUACAAUGGUUACCAAAAUCACCCAUCACAACUCCUAGUUAACUUGGUGUAGCAGAGCCGACGUAGCCAAGAGAGAGAAAAUGCACAGCAGCUCAGCAGUGACCAGUAUCAUCCACUACAGGGAGAGAUGACGUCCAUUGGGACUCACUUAUCAAGUAGUGCAAUGCGUAUGCAGUACGGUAAUGAAGGGAUGUGAAACGCGUGGUUAUCUUUGUGUGCUGAUGUUUGCAUGUCGUGAUGCUGUGAUACAUGUGAACUAUGUUGUAUGUGCGCCGAAAUGUUAUGGAAUCUACUGCAUGCGGACUGGGGAUAUCUUCUUGACAAUGAAGAAACACAUUUUGCUUUAUAUAUAUACACCGGUUCUCAAAGCACAAAGCAAACCUACAAUCCUGACUGUAAUAAUACUCCAAUCAUAAAUUAUUGAAUGUAAUAUAUAUAUACACAUAUAUAUAUAUAUAUAUAGUAUCGUGGUAUAGAGAAGUUUAUAGCAGAAGACGAUGCAGCAGUGUCCUAUUUUUUUACAGCAAAAUAUCUAUAUAUUUAACAGAGAAGAUCUAUAAAUCAUCCCGAUAUGUUUCAGCAUUUCCUCCAUAACCAGGAUGAAUGGUCGGGAAUCUGAAGAUACUAAACUUCAUGUAUAAACACCCUUACAACCAAUCAAAUUCCAGAAUGAAAGGAGGGAUCUGAUUUGCUGGUAUGGUUAACACCUGGUUCUGAUACAUGAGGCGCAGUAUUAAUAAUGCUUGAGAUUUCAUCAUUUAUUUAUUGAGAGUAUCUAUUGGCUGCUAAUAUUCAUGGGAAUUAUCAAUGUUGAGUACAGAAUGUGUAAGGAUGACAUUUAUGUUCCUUACUGUGGCUGUGAAUAUGUUAAAUGUCAUAGUGUAAUAUUUCAUCAAAUAAAGUCAGACGUUUAUUCUUU